GCAGAGCGGAAGUGGUGGAGCCGCCGGAAGUUGCCUGAGUUCCAGUCAGAAAGACCGGCGGACAGACUUUGACAGGAGCCAGAGCCGCGCUUGGGAGUUGGUGGUCAUGGAGUUGGGCGAGCUGCUCUACAACAAGUCGGAGUACAUCGAAACGGCAUCUGGAAACAAAGUUAGUCGCCAGUCUGUAUUGUGUGGAAGUCAGAACAUUGUUCUUAAUGGCAAGACAAUUGUGAUGAAUGACUGUAUUAUCCGAGGUGAUCUGGCAAACGUAAGAGUUGGACGUCAUUGUGUUGUGAAAAGUCGGAGUGUCAUAAGGCCACCGUUCAAGAAAUUCAGCAAAGGCGUUGCGUUUUUUCCUUUACAUAUUGGGGACCACGUCUUCAUUGAGGAAGAUUGUGUGGUCAACGCAGCUCAGAUUGGCUCUUAUGUUCACGUUGGCAAGAAUUGUGUGAUUGGGCGCCGGUGUGUGUUGAAAGACUGUUGCAAAAUUCUUGACAACACAGUAUUACCCCCAGAAACUGUGGUCCCACCGUUCACCAUCUUCUCAGGCUGCCCAGGACUCUUCUCAGGGGAGCUCCCAGAAUGUACCCAGGAGCUGAUGAUUGACGUCACCAAGAGCUACUACCAGAAGUUUUUGCCCUUGACACAGGUCUAAUGUCUGCCUUGUGUCUCGAAUUCGCUUGAGCUCUAAGAUGAACUUGGGGACAAAGUGCGCCAGACAGCAUCUACAAAGAGCUCUUGUGUCUUUGACACCUCCCACCCUCUUUUUUAUUUCUUUUUUUUUGGUUUCGUUCUUUAGAAUUUCUCAAUCCUCCCAGGCUCUAAGCUCUUAAGACUUUAAUAACAGAAUGACUGGAGGGUUGUCUCCAGAUGCUGUGCUUAAACUGUAUCUAUUCACUACUCUGUACCAUGAUGUGGGGAGCACAGUCUCAUCUGUUCCCAGCACUCCUACCCCUUGGCCCUGCAGACAGCCGGAUGGAGCAGGGCACUCUGCCCCAGCAGGGAAGUUGCGUGUGGCCCGUGGCCAUGAGCUGCCACAGUGAGCACCACUCACAGGGGUCCCUGUUGGCGUCCCUGCUGCUCAUGCAGUUAGCCAGUUGCCACAGCUGCUUGUCAUCUGCAAAAAAACUGUUUGCCAAUUUUCAGAGCCCAGAUUCCUGUUGGCUACUAAAACUUGAAGGGAGGGUGGUUAGUAUUUCUCUUCUUUCCAAAAUAACCUGAUCAUCUUAAUUCAGGGUGAAUAAUUAAAGACUCAUUAGCAUUCUAUUCUAGGGCAUUGGCUUUUACUAAAAGCUUAGUGCAGGCAUCCAGAAAGCAUCCCUUAGCAUCCAGAUUUUAUUUUUGCGAAGAACCAGGUUUAAGUCUCCCAUGUGGAUGGACUAGACUGGCAGCCACUCCUUGUCUCAUGGUAUUUAGGGGCAGCAGUGUAUGCCUUAUUUCACUGGAGAUGUAGCAUUUGUGACUCUUGCUCCCUGGCCUGGAACCAUUCAAACAACACUACGUUUGCCAUAAACCUCACAGUUCAGACCAAAAUAUCUAUGCUUGGGCCCAAUCUCAUGUGUACAUGGGGGCCUCUUAAAAUCAUUCUGGGGGCAUGGAGCCCUGAGGAGUAGACAAAGUUGCCAGUGCUGUUCUUAUCUUCUGGGCAAUAGCACAACCCUUCCUGUUCUGCUCUAGUAGGAACACUUAGAAGUGAAGGCCUGAAAAGGUUGGCCUUGCUUGAUGCUCUAGUGCUGCUGUGAAUGGGGUAGGACAGUUCAGCCUCAAAGGUUAGAAUCUAGCAGCAACUGUCUUGACUUAACAUCUGGUCUGGGGUUUGCAAAAAGAACUGUAUGUAGUCAUUUUUGCUAGUUCAAUGUAAAACUGCUUUCUGGUUUAUUAUUUUUUAUGUUUGUACAUUAAAGGCAUAACACAUGAAACAA